CAAGGCCCGCCCUUUCCAGCACGCAGCUAUGUGAAUGUAAACGUGUGGGUUAUGUAUUGCUGCUUAGUUUAACAUUGAUUACUAACAAUAGUUUGUCAGAUAUAAUCUCAAUGAAUAUAUUUUCAUCGACAUUAUUGUCAAUCUUAUAAAUAAAAGGUGAUGUAGUCUGAGCUGACAGUUUAAUAACACGGACGGGCUACUGAUGGUCGAUGGCGUCUCUUCUGCGCAGGCUCGUGCCGCUUCAGACUCUGGUAAAGAACUGCAGAUGGAAGUUUAUCAAAUCUGACGAUGUCCUAAAACACCGCGCGGUCCAACAGCACAUUAAACGCGUGUUAGAUGAAUAUAAAUGUAUUUUAACUCGUUUAGAUCGCGAACAGGUGAGUGAGUCUGAGCGGAGACUUUUAAAUCAUAAACUGGUUGAAGUGUCGCAGGUAGUUAACGCGUUUGAGAGAACUGAACUAGCUAUGAGUGAGGAGACUGACCUACGAGCUCUCAUUCACAACACGAGAGCAGAAGAUCAUGAGAUGCUUUCACUGCUGCACGAGGAACAUGAAGACAUCAGCAGAAGAUUAGAUGAGCUGAAGAAAGAGCUGAUUCAGACUCUUAUUCACGCUGAUGAGCACGACAGUAGAAACGUCAUUCUGGAGGUGGCAGCAGGAAGAACCACUGGAGGAGACAUCUGUCAGCAGUUUACCAGAGAGAUGUUUGAUAUGUACCAGGGCUUUGCCAGCUACAAAAACUGGGACUUUGAGAUUUUAAAUUAUACUGCAGCAGAUUAUGGCGGUCUUCAUCACGCAGCUGUCAGGCUCUCGGGGGACAGUGUGUAUCGCAGGUUGAAGUUUGAGGGCGGCACACACAGAGUUCAGAGGAUUCCCGAAAUCGGUCUUUCUUCUCGCAUGCAGCGCAUUCACACGGGAACUGUGACCGUUAUAGUCCUGCAGCAGCCGGAUGAUGUUGACGUUCACAUAGAGCCAAAAGACCUGCGAAUAGACACGUUUAAAUCCAGAGGAGCAGGAGGUCAGAGUGUCAACACCACUGACAGCGCAGUGAGAAUCGUUCACCUGCCCACAGGGACUGUAGCAGAAUGUCAGCAGUAUCGCUCGCAGUUACAGAACCGUGACACGGCCAUGCGUGUCCUUCGAGCGCGUCUGUACCAGAACUGCGUGGGACAGCAGAGAGAACAGACACACGCUUCACGAAAACAGCAGGUGGGCUCUCGAUCACAGUCAGAGAGAAUCCGCACGUAUAACUUCAGUCAGGACCGCGUGACGGAUCACAGGAUUGGCUAUGUGACACGUGACAUCAAGGAGUUCAUGAGAGGAGGUGAAUGUCUGGAGGAGGUGAUCAGACUCCUCCAGGAGCACAAAGACAGAGAAGCUUUAUUUAAACUGCUGGAGAAGGACAGCAUUAACACUGAUCCAGAGUCAGAGAUUAAAACAUAGUGUGAAUGUGGAAGUCUUGUGAUGGGAUGAUUUUGGAUCAGAACUUCUUCCAGACGUCAUAAUGAAUGAAGCUGCAGAGGCUCCUCACUGAAACGACUGUGAGUUUGUGAUAAAAGAGCGCUCUGAUAUAACAGCAGAAGGGUUAAAGAUAACUCAGUCUCUCAUGUUUAAAGUCUUCUGUAUUAUUUGUUUGUUUGUACAUCAAGUACAUUCUGGUCACACUUUAACACAAACGAACUCUUAACUCCUUUUGCCUCAAUACAGUCCUAAUAACUGCUUAUUAAUACUUACUUAGUCAAGUAGCUGUUAGGUUUAAGUAUUGGUAGGAAUUGUGUAGGAUUAAGGAUGUAGAAUAAGGUUUUGCAGAAUCCUUAUCAUUAUUAAGUACUAAUAAACAGACAAUAUUAAUGCUAAAAACCAACUAGUUAAUAGUGAGAAACUACACUAGAGUGUUAUCAUUAUUAACUCGCAAACGUAUUUAAAGUGAAAAGGAUACAUAAAAAACAUGCAUUUAACCUUAGACUUUAAGGGGUGGUUUCCCAGACAGGGAUUAUCUUAAAACAGGACUAGACCUUAGUUUAAUUAGGAAAUAUAACUAGUUUUAACAAACAUGCCUUACUAUUUUGAGGCAAAACAAAGCACACAGAUAUGUCAGUGCAAGUUGUUGUCAGUUUGGACCGCUCUUAUAUUAAGUCUAGGACUAGUCUAAUCCCUGUCUGGGAAGCCACCCCUAUAUGUUGUGUUAUAUAUCAUUGAUCUACAGUCCAUACACAGGAUUUACUUCAAUUACAUCUGAAGUUACUGUCAUUAACUUACUGGAAAAUGAAGAGUUAAAGGGUAAUUCAAUUACUUGGUAACUAGUUCCACCCAACACUGUGCUCAGUCCAGGUGAUUUUCUGAUGAUCAAACGAGCAGCUCUUGAUUGUUGUUGUUGGGCGUGGAGAGCGAAAGCGAAUAUCAACUUCAGCACAAACACACAUUUUCCUAUCAGACACAAACAUUCUAGAAAAGAUCAUUUCUGGCACCGGUUAUUUAUGUUAAUAUCUGUACCAUAUGUUCAUUUGGCACCUGAAGUACUUUCUAACCGCUCCGUUAGAAAGAAUUAAGAAACGAUUUGUCCCUGUUGAGUUUACCCAUCAUUUACAAACAUUACAUGAUAUUUACUUAAUUGAGGUUCACACUAAAACUCCUAAAACAGGUAGAGAAAUAUUUAAUCUACCUAUGGCUUUAAUUCAUUAUGCCAACAAUAAAAAAAUACUCUAAA